AUGACAAACAACACAGCUAUAAAAUCAAGUAAUAAUGGUUCGGUAGUUCGUAUGCAUCCUUUAAAAAGACCCAGAGCACCUAUUGCCUGUUACCGUUGUCACCAUAAAAAGGUUCGAUGUGAUGGUAUACAUCCUAAUUGUACUCGAUGUUUAACAACAGGUGUUAUUUGUGCAUAUCCAACUUCUCGUCGAUCUCGCAAUACGCAACCUACAAAUGUGGACCCCUUCAUAGACAAUCUAUCUCAGUUAGAAGCUAGAAUUCGAAAAAUUGAAACAGAUCUCGAGUCACAACGCGCUCUAGUUCGUACUGUCGUCUGUGCAAACAAUAAUAACGAUGUAUUAACACAUUGCAUGCUCAAGACUGAAAAGGACCUUCAAGAAUCUCGAUCCAUUGUGGCUCAGUUAAGACUCGUAGGUGAACAGAGAGUGGCACGUGGAAGAAGAGCUGCAAGAGCAGAGUUGAGUUCUGACAAGAAACUCAUGUCAUCUCAAAAGAGGAGGCUCAACACCGAAUCAAAUACCGCUAAAUCAUCUAUAAAUAAAGAUAAAAGAUACUCAAAUACAAACUUAACAAAUCCUUCCUUAACCUAUUAUUUUACUCAACAACAGCCAUUCUCAUUGACGGAUUCAUCGUUUCCAACUUGUUGGCCACUUUUAAAUGAUAAUAAUAAUCAUAAUGAGUUUGUGGAUCCUAUGAUUAUAGCUGCAGCUAUGUCUACAACAUCUUCGUCUACAGAUGAUCCUCUUUUAACUACUUCAAAUUACACAGAAGAUAGUAUGAACCAACAGCAUCAUCAUCUUCUUCAUCAUCAUCUUCAUAUACCUGGUUUACAACCAUCUUCUUCUCCAACUUCAACGUCUUCUUCUUCAAAUUCUUUUAGUGGUACCCAGCAGCAAGCAAUCUAUACCCGACCUUUUAUAGACGAAAUGAUCAUUGCAGAUAUUCAACCAUAA